CCGAGGCUGCAGUUUAAACGGGAUGGAUGCAGACUUCACCCAGCUCCGAAGUACGCCCAGUAAAAUUAAGACCGAAAAGGAGCAUAUUGAAAAUGGCCAGAGCGUCAAGACUGGUUGCAACAUAAUUAACAUUAGAUCAGUAAUUAGAGAGUCAGUAUUAGGAUAUGUGUUCUGGAGCCUGUUCCAAGGAUUGGGACCUAUGAUAUGGUUUUAUCCCCUGAAUGAACUAGAAAUCUCAGGAUAUGAAGUAUUCUGCCUGUUGUGGCUAAGUCCAAUUGUAACCUGUAUUUCUCCAAUAUUUCAUCUCAUUCAACACCCAUGGGUGCUGGGCGGCCUACGUUUAUUUAUGGUCGGUUGCAUUGCAUCUUUCCAAGCACCAACAACAUUACAGCGCCUGAUACUUCUGGCCUUGGGAAAUGGGGCAGCCAUGUUGGUUUUGGUGGCCACGCUGUGGAAAGAUUCUACAUAUCAGAGAUACCUGACAUUUUGGGGUCUUAUGGUGGGCUUCUUUGCAGUUUUGGCAGGGAGGAUAUGGUUCACCUCUUUUAUCCCAACAUGGUGGGACAAUCCAACCAAUUCAGCAGUCCUUGCAGUAGGACUCAUAGCUACAGUAGACAAAAUAAUGUCUGGUGGUGAUAGUCUGCCAGUCCAGAAAAUCUCUUCCCCAAGGCCUUAUUGGCUGUCCACUGGCGUAGGCUUUGGUAGCCUUCUCUAUCUUACUCACUGGAUAUUUGGAGAAGUUUCCAUAGCAACAAGAUGGGUGGUGACUGGAUACCCUGACCAUGGCCCUCAGCCUAACCCCUGGGGGGCUUCCAUUCUUAUUUCCCUAGCUUUUGGCAUACUGGUAUGCUGCAGGUUUUCUGCAUCUAAAAUUUGGUGGAUUGAUGGAGCUCUGAGCCUGGUGGGCCUGUACUAUUUGCCCACAUGGCAAGGAUUUGCAUGUGCUAACCUCCUGGCUAUUUACACCAUGUCCAUCUGGCCAGAGAUGAUUGACCGACUAAGCAGGUGUCCAGCGGGACCUACACUGACCCUAUCUGUAGUCACUUAUCUGGUAGAGAUCUUCUUUUCGGUGUGGACUGUGGCAUACAACUUUGUCCCCGGAGGAGAGUUCACUAGAGAACACACUGACUAUCUUAUUGGCUUCAUGGUGGUAUGCUUAGGCUUGGGACUCUUUACAAGCUCAAGUGUAAAAGUCCCUGGCCACACAGCCUUCAGUUUGAAGAAGCCCAAUGGCACAGUGAAGGGAGCUCUAUUGUGUAUGGUGUUACUGGGUCUGGGAGGAUUUCUGUCAAGGCAGGACCCUAACAGAUAUAAUCAUCCAGUGAAGUAUUCACCCAAGACAUUCCGUGCCGCUAUAUGGACGUACCACUUCGGAUAUGAUAACAAAGGAUGGCCAAGUUUGGAGAGGUCCUUUCAACUAUUAAAUGAUACAGGUGCUGACUUCAUUACUCUCCUGGAGAGUGAUGCAUCCAAGCCAUUCCUGGGUAAUAACGACCUUGGGAUGUGGUUAGGGGAGAGGCUGGGCAUGUAUGUGGACUUUGGACCCGCUACAAAAGACCACACUUGGGGAAAUCUUAUCCUCUCCAAGUAUCCCAUUGUCAAGUCUAAACAUCAUCUGCUUCCUUCUCCACAUGGUGAGCUCGCUCCUGGCAUUACAGCUACGGUGAACUAUAGCGGUAGUCUAGUGGACUUUGUGGUCACACACAUGGGCAAUGACCGGGAUGUACUGGACAGGGAACUGCAGGCAAAGUUUUUAGCCAAUGAACUGAAAAAUAGCAAGAACCCAGCUGUCUUCCUCGGUUAUGUCACCUCCUCCCCUGGGAGCAGAGACUAUUACCAGUUCAUCAACCAAGGUCAGGUCAAGGACAUUGAUGCCACAGACAGGGAGAGAUGGUGUGAAUACAUUAUGUAUAAAAAACUUAUCAGACUGGGCUAUGCCAGGGUAUCCCACGGAGGUCUCAGUGACACAGAGCUCCAGAUGGCCACCUUUCAGAUCCCUGAGGACACUGACCACUACAAGGACAAUGACAAAUAUGUCACUGACCCAAACAAGGUGGAUGAAAAGCACAGGUUUAAUGAAAGGUUUGGCCGCUACACUGUGGGCCAUAACUGGAUAGAGGAGCAUCGGUUCCACAUGAGCACACCAAAAUAUUUCAUACAUCGUGAGGGAAGUUGAGCCAAUACUUGGCAUUUGAAGCAAUAUGAAGUUUUUUCACAAAGAUUAUGGCGCACAAAGUUUAUACUGCAUUUAUACUGAUAUAACAGUGUUUCUUUUGAUAUCAAAAGGUUUUACAAGUGUUCAUAGUGCCAUUAGCUGAAAAUGUUUCAUGAAGUUAAUAUUGCAUUUCUAUUCUUAUUGCAAUAUUUCUUUUGAUAUCAAAAGUUUUGCUAAGUGCAUGUAGUGCCAUAAGAUAAUAUUGUUUCAAGAUUUUUGUUGGUUGCAUCCAUUUCUGAAAUUUAAGAACUCCCACGAUUAUUUUAACUAAUAUAAGGUUUAAUUAUGGUUUCUGCUUUUACAGCAUCUCUUGUAUAAAAAUAACCUGCUAACCAUAACUAAAUUAUUUAUUCAGAAACUGGAAAAAGUAACCAUUGUUUAUUAUGUUAUUUUAUUGUACCACCAGCGUGGCAGCAUUUCGCCUCUGGUUCACCCGUAUUUUAUGAUGUAAAUCCAGUGUUUUGUUACCCUUUUUUUCACAAGAUAUUGUAUUUUAGUUUUAAUGUGCAUAUAUUGUCAUUUAAGAGUAGGUACUAAGAUAGUAUGUUAUGGUUGUGAAGAAAUGACCAGAAAGUGUCUGUUAAUUUUUUAACAAGUGAAAUGUGUUAACUCGUUGGUGUUUGGUGUUUUAUGUAUGCAGUGCCAUACUCUUUAAUUAAGCAAAUAUUAGAUUAUUUACUGUAACAUUUUGCUUUUGUCUUCCAUGUUAUUUUAACUUGUUUGUUUGUCUGAGUAUUUAUAUAGUUGCAAGCAACUUUGGAAACUUAAUGAGAGUAUGUACCAAAAUUAAUAAAAUUUUAACGAUUUCUAUUAUUUUUUUAACAUGUAUGGAAUGUUUCAUUUACCAGUUGCAAUACGUAGAGCACAUUCCAAAAUAACGAUAAUAAUAAAUAAAUAAGUGCAUGUGUCUAUUUAACAGAGGAACAUCAGCAUCUGAAAGAAAUGAAAGUUCAAAGGUUAUAGCUACAAUAGAUCUAGUAGAAGACGGCUCUUUCAUCGUUGCAGCGUAUUGACAGAUGUUGGAUUGGUAGUGCUAUACAUGUAAAAACACUCAUUUUUAAAUGAAUAAAGUUAUUCUUAAU